AUGCAUGAUAUUCUUGAGGGUGUUGGUAAACUUGAGUGCAAAUUAGUUCUUAGACAUCUGAUACAUGAAGAGAAAUUGUUCACGCUUGAUCUUUUGAAUCAGAGGUUGAGUUCUUUCUCAUACGGCUUUGUUGAUAUGAAGAACAAGCCGUCUCUGAUCUCUGCAAGUACUUUGCUUAAUGAAGACAGUUCCUUUAAGAACUCUGCAUCGCAGAUGUGGUGCUUCAUAAGAUACCUGCCCCUCAUUAUUGGCGAUCAAAUUCCCAGAGGCAAUCAGUACUGGGAAUUGCUUAUCUUGCUAAGAAGGGUAAUGGACAUUGCCUUUGCCAGAGAAGUUACAGAAUCCAUGAUUGGCCACCUUAGAUACCACUUAGAGGAUCACCACACUUUGUUCAAGAAGCUGUUUCCAGCUCGAGAUCUUACCCCGAAACAUCACUUCCUUGUACACUACCCUUUCAUGAUUGAGAAAGUAGGACCUCUUAUCAACUGCUGGUGCAUGAGGUAUGAGGCCAAACAUGCCAUCGCAAAAUGUUUGGCAACUGUUGUUGGUAAUUUCAAGGACAUUGCCAAAACUGUCGCAGAGAGACAUCAAAUCAGCCAGUGCCAUAGAUGGUAUACUCAUGGGGUUGGCCAGAAUCCUGUAAUUAGGAAUCCUGUUAAACAACUGAUCAGAGAAACUGAGGGAUGUGCCACGCUCCUUGGAAAAUUCCCAAACCUGUGUGAAGUUGACGAAAUAGUGGUGAACAAGAGUAUCAGCCUACAUGGCACGGAGUACCGAUCAGGAAUGAGUGUGAACAUAGGUGUUCAGGAUUGUAUGCCAUCUUUUGGAAAGUUGAUUGAUAUGUACUGCAUUGGAAGUGAUAUUUACUUGUUUGGAACAAUGUGGGAAACCCAUGGAUUUGAUGAUCACUUCUAUGCAUACGAAGUGCUGUCAAGAUAUCCUGUGGAGUUUUUCCUCAUUAAGCAGGAUGAACUAAGAAGCUACCAGCCCCUUCAAGUUGUAAGCUCAUAUGAUGAACAGCGAAAGGAACUUCUGUACAUUUCAUUGAGAAGUGCUGCUGUCUUAACAGGUAGAAUUAAUGAGCACAUGCUUAUAGGCCCUAGAAUAUGUUAG